ACUCACAUAGUAGUUAUUUCUUAGUGUUCAAAUUAUAUAAAGUAAACCGUUGAGUAGAUUUAAGUACUCAAUAAUUGGAGCCCACAGAGAUAUUUGUUGCUGAUCCUAAAGUUAUCAGCUAUCGUUCAAGUUUAUUGCUGAUCCUAAAGUUAUCAGCUAUCGUUCAAGUUUAUUGCUGAUCCUAAUGUUAUCAGCUAUCGUUUAAGUUGCUGUUGAUCCUGAAGUUAUCAGCUGUUUUAAAGUUGUUGCUGUUCUGAAAGUUACCAGCUGUUAUUAAAUUUCGUUGCUGAUUCUCAAGUUCGAACAAAGAUUAAAGUUUGUGAGAAGAUAAAGUUGAAGUUAAGUAAUAAUUGAUAUUGUACUUGUUUUUUGGGUCAAUCCUUUUUUUGGGGGUUGUUUAAUGCACGUGUUUUUAUUAGCAUUAAAAAAUUAUAUAUAUUUGUUAUUUAUUUGUGUUUGUGUCAGAAUUGACCAUAGUUUUUUUUAAGUAAGCAUUAUUUGUUGUUGACAUUUAUAGGGUUUUUAUAUAAUGUCGAGUAUUGCUGGAAAACGACGUGUUCGUACCAUUACGGUCACUGCUGUUAAAAAUAUAUUUGAAAGGGCCAAUGAGUGUAUGACUAAUUUUAGUCAGGAUAGUAACUCCUUUGAGGAACUAUCUAGUUUUAAGGAAGUUUUGAUCGAAAAAUAUAAUAAAGUUAAAGCAAUUGAUGAUGAUUUGAUCAAUUUAAUUGAAGAUGAUGAGGAAUUGUUAAAUGAAGAAAAUUUAGCUAAUGAGUUUUCUUUAUUUUUCAAAAAGAACAUGAAAAUAAUUGAAAAAUUUAAUAAUAAUAUUUAUAAAAGUAUUAACGAGUCGCAAUCUAGCAGUUUAAAAAGUUUUUCAAAUAAUAACAUCAAACUUCCACCUUUAAAAUUAAGUACCUUUAGUGGAAAGCCAGAGGAAUGGCAGACCUUUUAUGAAAAUUUUGAAUGUGCCAUCCAUAAUAAUAAUGAUCUUUCCCCAAUACAAAAGCUUAACUAUCUAAGAAAUUUACUUGACGGGAAAGCUUUAAAAACAAUUUCAGGCUUAGCAUUAACAAAUGACAACUAUCAUACAUCAUUGGAGUUACUUAAGGAAAGAUUUAAUGAUAAACAACUGUUAAUUUUGACACAUAUGAAGUCACUUCUAUCUCUAGAGAAAGUGCAAAGUAUUAACAACAUUUCUUUAUUAAGACGUAUUCAUGAUAAUAUCGAAGUUCAAAUUAGAAGUUUAGAAAACUUAGGUAUAGAUUCAACUAUGUAUGGACCUUUAUUGAUUCCUAUUAUAAUGCAAAAAAUUCCAGAGGAGUUAAAUUUGAUUAUUGCUAGAAACUUCAAUUCUUGUGAUUAUUGGGAUAUAAAAUAUGUUUUAAAAUCUUUAAAAGCUGAGUUGCAAGCUAGGGAAAAAGCUCACUCAGGUAGAGAGUGUAAUUUUGAUCCCUCAACAGCAGAAGUAUUACAUUCUAGUGCUUCCUUUAAGCCACAAUAUGAAUUAAAAUGCAUUUUUUGUAGUAAAAGUCAUAAAAGUGAAAGUUGUAAAACUGUAACAAAUCUAAAUUCAAGAAGAAAUAUUUUAAGAGAUAAAAGGCGUUGCUUUAAUUGCCUGAAAUCAGGUCAUAUGUCUAAAGAUUGUCGUUCUAGAAUAAGCUGUUAUGAGUGCUCAGGGAAGCAUCAUGUUUCUAUGUGUUUUAAAAGGUUUCCUUUGCAUAUUGAUGAUAGUAAAGAAUCAAACAAAAAGUUAACGUCUGUUGCUACUACAGAAGCAUUGAAAUCUAAGAAUGUAUUGUUACAAACUGCUAUGGUUACAGUAAAGAAUAAAGAUAAGACACUAAGAUGUCGUCUUUUAUUUGACAGUUGUUCUCAGCUGAGUUAUAUUUCCCCAUCAUUACGAAAGAAGCUCUUUCUACCCACAUUAGGUAGAAAGCAAUUAAAAAUUAAAACUUUUGGCAAUCAGAGCCAAACCCAGAACUUAGAGAUGGUUAAACUUUCUAUACUGACUUUAAAGAAUUCCUUAAUACCUAUAACUUGUUUUGUUAAGCCCAUAUGUGCUCCUCUUAGUGGUCAGUAUAUAGAGGAGGCUGUCGAUUCCUUUGAACAUUUAAAAGGAAUCAAUUUAGCUGAUAGUAAUGUAGAUUGCAAAUCAUUGGAAGUAGAUGUACUUAUUGGAGCGGAUUAUUAUUGGUCAUUUUUUAAUGGCAAGGUAAUUCGUGCCAAUACAGGUCCUAUUGCUUUACAAUCAUCAGUUGGUUAUAUAUUAAGCGGAAAUGUAAAUGCAUCAUCUGGAAAAGAUUGCUGUGUCUUUUCCACACAUACUUUAAAAGUUGAAACGGAAUUCAUUAAUGAAAUUCCCCAAUUUAAUGAGAAUAUUAAAAAAUUUUGGGAACUAGAGAAUUCAGGAGUGGAAGAUAAUAUUUUUGAUCAUUUUAAAAGUAAUAUUUAUUUUGAUAAUAAAGAGUGUAGAUAUACAGUUAAAUUACCAUUUAAAAAUAACCAUGCAUUAUUGAGCGAUAACUAUAGUUUAUGUAUAAAACGUCUGAAUGUAACUCUUACUAAAUUAAAAAAUGAUUCUGAGCUAUUAAAUGAAUACAAUAAGAUAAUUAUAGAGCAAUUAAAUUCAGGGGUAAUAGAGAAGGUAAAUAAUUAUGAUUCGAGUAUUGGUGAGGUGCAUUACUUGCCACAUCGCCCAGUAUGUCGUAAAGAUAAAACUUCAACAAAAGUGAGAAUUGUUUUUGACGCAAGCUCCACUCUAUCAGGUCCAUCAUUAAAUGAUUGUAUAAAUGCUGGACCAAGUUUAGCUACAUCUCUAUUUUUUAUAUUAUUACGUUUUCGUGCUAAUAAAUAUGCCUUUAUUGCAGACAUAGAGAAAGCAUUUUUGCAGAUUGCCCUUGAUAAAAAUGAUAGAAAUUAUUUGCGUCUAAUAUGGUUUGAUGAUAUUUAUAAUAUUAAUAAUAGUAAUUUGUUUUCAUCUGCAUUGGCUACAUAUCGUAUAUGUAGAGUGCCUUUUGGUGUUACUUCAUCUCCAUUUCUCCUCAAUGCCACAUUAAUUUAUCAUGCUGAGAGAUAUUGCCUUAAUGAUAAUAAUAUUUCCUCAAAGUUGUUGGAAUCCUUGCAUAUAGACGAUUUGAUUUCUAGCUGUGUUACCAUUGAAGAAGGUAUUUUAUUUUUUAAUAAAUGUAAAGACAUAUUAAAAGAAGGAGGUUUUAACUUAAGAAAGUUUGAGUCUAAUUCUUCAGCCUUUGAGAAACAAAUUAACGGUGACAAUUAUGAGAGACAAACGAAUACAAGAGUUUUAGGCCUCAAAUGGAAUAAGACAGAAGAUUCAAUAAUUUAUUCAUUUGAGGAUUUAUUAAAUGUAGCCUCAAUAGUUCCAACAAAGAGAGAAGUGAUGAGUUUUAUGGCCAGUAUUUAUGACCCAAUAGGUCUUAUUAAUCCAGUAGUUGUAACUUGUAAAAAUUUAUUUUAAAGGAUUUGUGUUUCUAAGUUAGGUUGGAAUGAAAAUUUGUAUGGUGAUUUAUUGUCUACUUAGAAUCUUAUUUUAAGUGAUUUCAAAUCUGUUUUUCAAAUAGCAGUACCUCGAUGGUAUAUGAGUCCUGGGUUGGGUAAUAUAAAUAAUGUAAAAUUUGAAUUACAUGGUUUUUCUGAUGCAAGUGUUAAGUCGUUUGGGUUUUGUGUUUAUCUUAGAUUUUUUAAUGCUAAUUUUAGUCGUGCCUCUUUAAUAGCCUCGAAGUCUAGGGUUGCCCCAUUAGGCAAGAAUACAAUGCCUCGAUUAGAGCUUUCUGCAACUUUACUUUUAGCAAAGCUAUUAGCAUCUAUUUACGAUCAAUUGAUAUCUAUUUAUAACAUUUCAAAUAUAAUAUAUUGGACUGAUUCAACAAUUUGUUUGCAUUGG